CAUGUAUUUUCUUCCGCCACCGCUCGGAAACAUUCUUUUCCUAUGAGACGAAAAACAUCAUGUCACAUCUCAACAUGUCGUGAUAGCCGUUCAUUUUUGCAUCUAACUAAAUAAAAAAAGAAAUAUGACGGUGAUUUUAAAUAAACUUCACAUCCCGUAUGUUUUCUUUUUUAUGUUCUAUCAUUCUGAUGUUUUGAAGUAUUCGGCUGUGACCGCACAAGAAAAUGAUGAUUCCCUGGAGCUCAUGCUGUCAGAGGACGCAGUGUCUGAUAUGGAAAACAGCCCCAAAUUUGUGGAGUUAGAAGACCUGGACUCUCUGCCGAAGAGGCAGUUCAAGACGGCUGAGAUGGCAGAUGCUGUGAUGGGAACCGAAGCCCCCAUCGACCCGUCUGACAUCGAGUCCCUGUUCCCCAAAAAUGUGAAAGACUACCAGUCAGGCUUCUCCCCGCCUUGCGAUGAGAACAGUGCCCAGUGUGAUUCACCUGCUCUGGCUGCUAAAGGAGCGUCGAUGGAGGACAUGAGUGACGACUCAUCGCAGCAGAUCACUCUCGACAUAGUGCACGCCGACAUCCUGCCGUCCGAGGAGCAGAACGCCACAGAGACCGCCAAGACGUACAAGGUGACCUGCGAUAAGAGGAACAUCACAGGAAUUGACGAUUUCACCGUGCAGGUCCUCAGCGCUUCACAGGACCUGAUGGACUUCCUGAACGCUAACGGCACAGAGUGCUCCGUAGUGCUGUUCUUCACCGCCUGGUGCCAGUUCUCAGCCAGCCUGGCACCUCACUUCAACGCUCUGCCCCGAGUCUUUCCCAGCAUGCACUUCCUGGCACUGGAUGCCUCGCAGCACAGCAGCCUCUCCACGAGGUUCGGGACCGUGGCAGUGCCCAACAUCCUGCUGUUCCAGGGGGCCAAACCCAUGGCUCGCUUCAACCACACCGACAGAACGCUGGAGACGCUCACCUCCUUCAUCGGCAACCAGACAGGGUUUGAAGUCGGCCUCGACCAAAACGUGACUGAGACCGACCGCCUCGGCCCCCUCCUCAGCGUCCCGGUGAAGAGCAUCGACUGGCUGCUGGUCUUCUCCAUCCUCUUCAUCACAGGCUUCACUACGUACGCCAUCCUGCGGACAGACAGCAUCCGCUGGCUGAUACCGGGACAGGAGCACGAGCACCAGGACUGAAAACACAGCCGGACCGCAAGACACUGGACAUAAACGAUUAUUUGAAGAACGAUUUAAUUUUAUUAAUUAAAAUUAACAGUUGCUAAUUUGCUUACAUUUCAAGUGUGUGAUGAACGAAAUAAAUGUGUGUGAGCCAUUGGGAUUCAUAUUAAAGAAUGUAAUGAUUUGUAA